CGAUCUAUUGUCAUUUCCACAUCAGGGUUCAGAUUGCGAAAAAAAGUGAAACGAGUCUAUUAUCGUUCGAGCAAGCAUAAGAAAUUUGACCUCAGCUGGAACUUUUGUUUGUCAGUCAUAGACUCCCAACCAUGUAUAUUAUAUAUAUAAAAGAACAAGAGGGCCCACCAGAUGUUUAGGUUAAAACACUUUGUGGAAUUGCAACAUCUUUCGUUAAAUGCGUUUCUUUUGGUUGUCGUUGGCAUCAUUCACUUGUAUUGCUGCGGUGGUUAUCCCUUCCCCAUUGGCGGUGGUGGGAAGAAGAGACCUUGGUGAAUAUUCCACCAGUAUUCAGGCUAUUGCAACUGAAAGCCCUCAAUAUGAUCCGUCCGAUCUUGCAAAAGAGAUGAGCACCAAUUUGGUCAAUCUCUUUUAUGCAAAUGAAUCGAACAACUGGUCAGACUAUUGCCACUCAACUUCCAUGCCGGUGGUGUGGCAAGUAGCAGUUGCUGGAAAAGUCAUGACAAACACAAAGAAACCCGAGUAUUUGGAUAAGGCAAUAUCAGCGUUGAACAAUUACCGCAAUGCUUCUGGUGGGUAUUCAGCCAGCAUGUCAAGGAAUGGUGAAAUAUAUACUGAUGACAAUGCCCAAAUAGCGUGGAUCUAUGCCCAAGCAUAUGAAAAUACCAAAUAUUCCAAAUACCAAAAUGAGAAUCAAAAUAUCACCGACUUCAUUGAUGGUUAUACAACACGAGGUGGAGGAAUUUUAUGGCUGAUAUCUGGUACAUACAUUGCCCUGAUUUCUACUUUGGAAGAAGCAGUGGCAGCAUUGAAAUUGUAUUCUUCCAAAAAGGACUCAAAAUAUUUAGACAUUGCCAAAGCUAAUGUGAAUUGGGUAAUAGAUAAUCUACUUGAGAAUAGCACCGAUUUUAUUUGGGAUGGUAUGAAUCAAGAUGGUAGUAUCAAUGAAGGGAAACUCACGUACACAAUUGGAACCAUGAUAUCUUCUUGUGCUUAUUUGGCCUAUUAUGGUGAUUCUGAUAGAGACUGGAAGGCCAUUGGGGUUCAGUUUGGAGUUCAGUUCAUUGCGGGUGGUGCUUUAAAUAACCAGUUCUUCACCAAUGGUCAUAUAAAUGACAUUAUUGAAAGAUCCCAUUUGUUGUUUGUUGGGAUUGCUGAUUUAGUUGCCAUGACUGUCCCAACUUCAAGUUAUGAAUAUGAUGCCUACCAAGCUUUUAAGCGAUUAGUCACUCGUGAGUCAAGAAACCUUUACGAUGAAUACACCAGUGUGGUGAGAAACUCUUCCUGCCCCACUAAUGAGUAUCAAAGUCUUUUGAAAUACUCCUCAUUAGCACAGGUGUUUUAUGAGGUAUCAAGGGUGGUUGAUAAGAUUUAAUAGGUCUCUUGACUGUCAAAAAACAGACUUAAAAAUGAAAAUUUGCCAACCGGACGAUAUCAAGACAAAGGGAUUGAUUUCCCAGGAAUGAAAUGAAUAAAUCUUGGUCAAUAUUUGGGAUAUUUACAUGGAGCUUUUGACCAUGCACCUCGAUGAGGUGUCCUGAGGAAUUUAGUUUAAUGCCAAAUUGGCUUUCAGAUGCCUUUACUUUUUUUAGACCUUCAAGUACACGUUUCUCUAGAAUUUUUUUGUAAGCAUUAGGAAAUUCAGGCAUAGGGCGAACUUUUCGUGCAACGUGAGUGGGUGUCUUGUUUCUGAACUUUGUUGACAAAUAUCUCAUCCAGGAUUGUUUUUGAUCCACGAUCUGAA